AUGCUUAUAAUUCAAUUCGUUUUGUGUAUAUUUUCUGCAGAUGCUGAUCAUCUAUUUGAGUAAGGAGUGAUCUAGCAUUUCAAUUAUGUAAGCAAUCCCAAUUUAAUCUUACACUUUUCUUCUGCUAAAUUUAGGCAAGAAGAGGUUUUUAUACCUUUUUCAAAGUAAUUCUCAUAAGCACCAGAUGUGUACUUAAAUGUCAAGUAAAUUGAUUUAGCUUAUACAUUUCCUUAGGGAUAUACAUUAGACAUAACGAGCAUUAGCACAUUAGGUAGUUUGUCAUAACUGAAGUAAUUUAGGUUUUAAAGUAAAAAUGGUUUGUGAGAGCCCAGAGUUAUUUUUUGGAGUCAUUUUCAAUUGGUUUGCAUUUAAUGAUGAUAGUGUCUAAGUUAUAAGCAAUUUGAAUAUCACUUAUCCAAAUUCUUAAUAUACACAUUCAUAUAUGAAAAAUUGCAAGAUUGAUGUUGCCCUUUCUAAUUUAGUUAGUUUUUAUGCUGAAGGACCAUAAUUUAAUAAUGUGACUGUAUACAAUUAGAUUAUUUAGGGAUUAUCAUUAACCACAGACACAGUUACUAUAAGUUUUUACACCUAUAAUGUUAAACAAAUUGGAUAUUAAAUUUUAUUAACUUCAUCCGAUCUUUUUUUAAUUGGCCCAACAAUCACGAAUAUCUCGCCUUAUGGCUCGAGUUAAAUUGUUAAUUUUCCAUAAGGAUGGGAAACACAAAAUUGUUUUUCUAAUCUUCUUGGGUUUAAACAUGAUGGAACUGAUCAUAACAUUAGAUUAGAUUAAAGAAUUUUAUAUUCUCCGAAUAUAAUUGUUGGAUUUUACCCUUGUAAUGAAUUAUUAAUAUAUAAGGGCAUGAAACUAUAAUUUAAUCAAUCCAACACAAUUAUUUUUGUAUAAAUGAUGCAUAUUUUGAUUUGGCAAUCUUUGAUGGUUUGAUGCAAACAUAAUUUUUUGAUAAAACUAAUUAAAUAGAAACUCAUAUAGAAAUAUUGGAAAUAAACUAUAAUUAAAAUUAAAAUGUAGGAGAAGAAAUUACUAUCCCACAAUGUAUUUAAUCUCUCAAAAUUAUAUAUUAUUGGAAAUGCAUAGGUUAUGAAUAAUUAAAGCUGCAAUUAUUUUGCACAGAAGUAUGGUGUUCUUCCUCCAAAGUUUAGUGUAAUGUCGAUAAAACUAAUAUAGUAAGGCUAUCAGCAUCAUUUUUGUUUAUAACAGCUUCAGAACAAUAUAUUUAAAUUACUAAAUCUUCAGCUUCCUUAACUGCAACCUAAAUAAUCAAGUAAUAAAACCCAUUCUAAAAAGUAUUAUUCAAAGUUGAAAUGGUAACAUGA